AUGACCAUUUUUUUAAGGUNUUUAAAGGCCUGCUCACCAGUGCCAGAACCCAAAGUGAAAGGGAAAGGAAACGAUACCGUGUACGUUACUUUAGUCACUAACCAUACCUACAAUCCAGCGGGAGUCAGCACAUUCUUGAGCGACUUUUCCCAAACAGAGGUGAAGGCGUGGGUAAAGCAAAUCGUAGCGAGCUCAUCGUUCUACAAAGCUGGAUAUACUUCAUGCGGAAGCGAACCAAAAACAGCGUACGUUACAGUAGUCCUAAAGGAAACCUACAGUCCAUCGAUAAGAUUGGUCGUGAACAAAGCUAAAUUAACAAGCUUUCAACAAGAUUUUGCGUCUCAUGGACUUGGAGACCUUUCAGAUGUGAACAUUACCGACGUGGACGGCCAUUUCGCCUGCACUUUCACAGUUUUUAACGCUAAUUGCACAAAAGUGAAUGCGUGGCUUAAGUGGGCACUGAACUACGAUAAGAACAACUACAUAAAUGGAACAAUUACAUGCGUUCCUGCAGGGACAUCAACAUCGGCGAAUGCGAACUUGAUUGAAAUAACAACACCACCACCAACAGCAGCAACACCAACACCAUUAGUGAUAGUUCCAGAUGGUGCCCUUCCAGUCGCUCCAGUGGUUAUACCAUAUCAGUUGGAUUAUGAAGAAACAGCAGAGCAUGUAGAAGAGUCUGUGUCUUCAUUUGAGAGCAUGUCUGUCAUGAGACGCUGA